UACGCCCCCAUUUGCCUCCCCACUCCACUCUCGCACCCCCCAAGAACCCUAAAGAGAAGAGAGGAAGAGAAGCGCAACCAUGGCUGAAGGACUAGUACCACGCGGCACCAUGAGAGCCCACACCGACAUGGUGACGGCCAUCGCUACACCCAUCGACAACUCCGACAUGAUCGUCACCGCGUCGCGCGACAAGUCCAUCAUCGUCUGGCAUCUCACCAAGGAGGAGAAGGCCUACGGUGUGCCGCGCCGCAGGCUAACAGGCCACUCCCACUUCGUCCAGGACGUGGUCCUCUCAUCCGACGGCCAGUUCGCGCUGUCAGGCUCCUGGGACGGCGAGCUCCGCCUCUGGGAUCUCCAGGCCGGGGUCUCCGCUCGCCGGUUUGUGGGUCACACCAAGGACGUGCUCUCCGUGGCUUUCUCCAUCGACAACCGUCAGAUCGUGUCCGCCUCCCGCGACCGCACGAUCAAGCUUUGGAAUACCCUUGGCGAGUGCAAGUACACAAUCCAGGAGCAGGACGGGCACACGGACUGGGUCUCUUGCGUGCGCUUCAGCCCCAACAAUCUCCAACCCACCAUCGUCUCGGCCUCCUGGGACCGGACUGUGAAGGUGUGGAACCUCACAAACUGCAAGAUCCGAAACACGCUGGCUGGGCACAAUGGCUACGUGAGCACGGUGGCGGUCUCGCCGGACGGAUCUCUGUGCGCGAGCGGAGGCAAAGAUGGCGUGAUACUGCUAUGGGACUUGGCGGAGGGGAAGAAGCUCUACUCGCUCGAUGCUGGGGCGAUCAUCCACGCGCUCUGCUUCAGCCCCAAUAGGUACUGGCUCUGCGCUGCUACAGAGCAGAGCAUCAAGAUCUGGGACUUGGAGAGCAAGAGCAUUGUGGAGGAUCUCAAGGUGGAUCUCAAGACUGAGGCUGAGAAGGCCGAUGACACCACCAGCAGUACUAAAAAGAAGGUUAUCUACUGCACAAGCUUGAACUGGAGUGCCGAUGGAAGCACACUGUUUAGUGGUUAUACCGAUGGUGUCGUAAGAGUGUGGGGGAUUGGGCGUUACUAGUAAAGCUUUGAGAAAUUUCACAUGCAUUUCUGUUUUGAGAACAAACAAGUUACUCUUAAUUGUAGCAGAUCUUAAAGUUUUAGGAUUUUGUUGGUUUAUAUUUAUGUUGGACAUGGCUUUGAGGCCAACGAUGUUUUGGUUUUGUUUUCUAUAACUAGAUAUUACUUUGUUUUUUUUUUUUUCCGAGCAUGGAUAUGAAGUUGGUUUGCCUUCU